CGGGGGACGGACGGACACGACGCCCACAACCUUGGGCUUGCUCAUGGCCUUGGGGCCUUUUGCUUUGCAGCUGGAAGAGCCAGGAUGGCGGCCAACAAAGGCCCGGUGGCCCUGCUGGAUGGAGAACUCCCUACCCCCUCACAGGAGCAGGAGAAUGUGCUUCAGCGGGUCCUACAGCUGCCGGUGGUGAGUGGCACAUGCGAGUGUGUGCAGAAGACCUACAGCAGCACCAAGGAUGCACACCCGCUCGUGGCCUCCGUAUGCAACGCCUACGAGAGAGGAGUGCAGGGCGCAGGCAGCCUGGCCGCAUGGGGCAUGGAGCCGGUGGUCCGCAGGCUGUCCACCCAGUUCAUAGCUGCCAAUGAUCUGGCAUGCAGGGGCCUGGACCACCUGGAGGAAAAGAUUCCAGCUCUCCAGUACCCUCCUGAGAAGAUCGCCUCGGAGCUGAAGGGCACCAUCUCCAGCCGUCUGCGCAGUGCCAGAAACAGUAUCAGCUCACCCAUAGCCAACACUUCUGACAAGGUCCUGGGUGCCGCCAUGGCCGGCUGUGAGCUGGCAUGGGGGGCGGCCAAGGACACAGCCGAGUAUGCCGCUGGCACCCGGGUGGGCCGGCUGGCAUCAGGCGGGGCUGACCUGGCGGUGGGCGGCAUGGAGAAGGUGGUUGGAUUCCUGAUUCCUCCCAAAGAGGAAGAUGCAGCCCCAACUUCAGGACACCAGCAGCCCCAGAAGACCCCCAAGGUCAAGCCAAGCCUUAUGGCCAGGGUGGGGGCACUGGCCAGCACCGUGACCCACCACACGCUGCAGACCACGGCCCGGGCGCUGAAGCAAGGCCAUGCCCUGGCCAUGUGGGUCCCGGGGGUGGCUCCCCUGAGUAGCCUGGCACAGUGGAGCGCGUCGGCUGCCAUGCAAGUGGUGUCCCGGCGGCGGGAGAGUGAGGUGCGCGUGCCCUGGCUCCACCACCUGGCAGCUGCACGAGACCAGGACCACGGGGACCUCACGGACACCGAGGGGGAUGAGUCUCAGGGGGACAGUGACUCUGAGGCGGAGGAGUUCAAUGAGGCUGCAGCCAGGCCUCGGGCUCCCAGUAUCCUGGGCAGCAUGACCCAGACCCUGCAGAAGGCCCUGAAGACCACUAUCGCCGCCGUAACCUGGGCCCCUUCGGCCAUGCUGGGCACUGUGGGCCGUAUGCUGCACCUCUCACCGGCUCCACCUACCACCAUGGUCACCCCCAAGAGCCGGGCCAUGUCCCUGUCUGAUGCCCUGAAGGGUGUUACUGACAACGUGGUGGACACGGUGGUGCACUAUGUCCCGCUCCCCAGGCUAUCACUGAUGGAACCAGAGAGCGAAUUCCGGGAUAUCGACAACCCACCCCCCGAGUGGGAGCGUCGGGGGUCCCGGGGCAGCCUGCGCAGCACCCGGAGCACGGAGGAGCGCGCAGAGCCAACAGGGCCACGCCUCAGCCUCCCCAUGGCUGCCAGGGAGAAGCCCAAGCGCCGUGUGAGCGACAGUUUCUUCCGGCCCAGUGUCAUGGAGCCCAUUUUGAGCCGUGCACAGUACAACCAGCUGCGCAAGAAGAGCUGAGCAUGCUGGGAAAAGAAACCAACAACCAACCAACC